GCAAAUGCAGUAUAUGGAUGGCACAUAAACGCCAUUUAGAGAAAGAGGAGUACAGACAAUGGGUGAAGGCCGGACUUGGCUUGGGAUACUUAAAGGAAGGAUUAGCGCCUUUUUGUGACGACAUCGCCAAACAACAGCAUAAAGAUAUCUUAGAUAACAUUAAACAGACAAAGAAUUUACCGACUGUGACAUGCGGUCAAUGCACUGUGGAAACCCUCAAACCGGACCAUGUGAAAAUAGGAAACAAACAAUGUUUUUAUGGUCAAGCUAACUGUAACUGCUGCCAUACGAGUGGUAAAAUUGCUUGCCCAAACAACGUUUGUGGCGCCAUCUAUGACAACAUUAUAACUAACCAUGCGUCCACACCACCAGCUCCUAAUUGGAAAAACACCCAAUCUCAGCAAUGGACUGGAGAUCCAUGGAGUAUAGCUAAAUGUUUCAUCAACACCCCUGGAUAUGAUCGGAAGACAUCAGCAGCCGACAUCGACUGCACGGGAUUACUGCAUGUGAUUAUCAACAACACGUUUUUUCAUAAUCACAUUGGGUGUAAUUUGGCUGGCGCUAGUUUAUUUUCAGAGGUGAGGCAAUACAGAAAUGAGAUAUUCCAUUCAAGCACCAUGGAACUAGAAGAGGCAGUAGCAAACACUUACAUAGAUGAUAUGAUUGCUGUACUGCAAGAUGGUAAGGAACUGAUUAACAGAAAAGAUGCCCAGGACGCUGUAAAGAAACUUGAAGAGCUGAAGAAUGAAGAUUUCAUUGUUACAACUGAAAAUAUGAAGGAAGUUCUUGAAGAUAUCAGAGAAGAAAUUAGGAAUAUGAAACAAACAACAGAAGGUCUUGCGACUAAGGACGAUUGUGAUGAUCUCAAAAUGAAAAUCUCUGCACUUGAAUCUCUCGUGUGUGAACAAACGGAGGAGAUACAACGACUCAAGACAGAUGAUUCUGCUCAAAAGGAACAAUCAGAAUAUGAAAAGUCCAAAUUAGAGUUACAGAAAAGUUUGAUAGAGUUUUACAGAGAAGGUAUACUACGCAUGUCUGCACUUCCAACAACAAGAGGGUAAUCUAUGUGACUUUAAAGAUGUGUAUGUUAGACCACGAAUGGUGAUUGAAUCAAAGGGUAACAAGAAAUUAGGGGAGGCUGAUGUUCUAUCAAUGUCUGAUAUUUUCACAAAAGAUAACAAAACAAUAAAAUCAAUUUAC